UGACUGUAGAGAGGAAUGCCAGACCCACGGAGAUUUCACCUGCGGAGAACAGAGCAGACCUGACUGACUCACCUGCUGAGAGGACGGGAAGAAGAAGGGAAUCAUUUGCUCAGUCAGUCUUUCAAUCAGUCAUAGUAGAGUAGGAAACUCAGAGAGUCAAUUGUACAUCAGUGAUUCAGAGAUUCAGUGAAUCAGAUCCUGUAUGUGCUGUAGGUCAGAUAUUUGGCAGGUCAUUUGAAUCAGGUGAUUCAAACAGAAAUUGAACGAACCAGGUGACCAAGUGAUUCAGAUAGAGACAAGGUGACCAGGUGAUUCAGAUAGAGACAAGGUGAGCAGUUGACCCAGUCGAACCAGGUGACCAGGUGAUUCAGAUAGAGACAAGGUGACCAGGUGAUUUAGAUAGAGACAAGGUGAGCAGUUGACCCAGUCGAAGCAGGCACCAGUUGAUCCAGUUGAAGCAGGCACCAGCUGAUCCAAUCGAAGCAGGCACCAGUUGAUCCAGUCGAAGCAGGCACCAGUUGAUCCAAUCGAAGCAGGCACCAGUUGAUCCAGUCGAAGCAGGCACCAGUUGAUCCAGUCGAAGCAGGCACCAGUUGAACCAGUCGAAGCAGGCACCAGUUGAACCAGUCGAAGCAGGCACCAGUUGAUCCAGUAUAAAUAUGCCCAGUUGGUCCAGUGUGGUCCAGUUCUCUCUGCUGCUAGUUCUCCUUCUGGCUGUUAUGGGUCAGGACUGUGCUACUUCCAGGGUCCAGAGGGAGGCCCAGGCCAGGGUGUGUGUGAAGGACAGGGUCUCUCAAUGUGUGGACCUGGCCAAACUGCAGGAGCUGACCCAGGAAAUCCAGAAAGACUUCACAAACACGUCUCAUGAUGACAGAAUCCUGUUAAAGACAGUCACCUUUGACAAGAUCAAGAAGCACAAGAAGUACCACGGCUGUGUCCUGCUCAAAAUCCUGGACUUUUAUCGGGAAGUUCUCCAGAGACAAGACAGAAAUUAUCCUGACCUCGGAGGCCUGCUGGAUGAAGUGAAGGAAUGCGUUCACCCAGUAAACAUCUGUGAAAAGCUAAACCAGGAAGCUGCUGGGAAGCCAGUGAAUGAGUCUAAGAUAGAGGAAGAUGUGGAGCUGCUGUCGAAGGAUGCAGCCAUACUGCAGCUGCAGAGACUGAAGGCAGCCAGUAAAAAGGUGGUUGAGCUGUCCGAGAGGGCGACUCUGGACAAGGCCAUGGUAGAGCUAUGGGGUCUGGAGGACUACAUUUGGGGGAGGGGCCUCCGCAGGAACUGAGGAAGUAAUCGGACAACCAGGAACAAUACACACACACACAGAGACACACGCGUUACCGUGACUAGAUAUACACAGUCCUGCGUUACAGUGACUACAUAUACACAGUCCUGCGUUACAGUGACUACAUAUACACAGCCCUGCGUUACAGUGACUACAUAUACACAGCCCUGCGUUACCGUGACUACAUUUACACAGCCCUGCGUUACCGUGACUACAUUUACCGUCUUGAUGUCACAUUUACUGGUUUUACCCUCGUGAGCUGUCGUUGCUUGUAGCCAUAUUCCCUUAGACAUGUUCUGACACGUCCCCUGUUGUUUGUCCAUUUCUUCAUCUACUUUGGAUAACUGUCAACAAUUUGAUUGACUUGGAAUUUUGAACUUGUCCAAUAUUCAGUUGGGGAGAAUAUUUGCGUCCACUGUUGCUGCUAGUACUGCAUGUUAUGUUAUGUUGCUACUAGUACUACAUGUUCUGUUACUACUAGUACUAUAUGUUAUGUUUCUGCUAGUACUAUAUGUUAUGUUUCUGCUAGUACUAUAUGUUAUGUUGCUACUAGUACUACAUGUUCUCUUUCUGCUAGUACUAUAUGUUAUGUUACUGCUAGUACUACAUGUUCUGUUUCUGCUAGUACUACAUGUUCUGUUACUACUAGUACUACAUGUUCUGUUACUGCUAGUACUAC